GUUGCCCGAUUAAGAUGAAACGUGAAUAUAAAUACAACUUAUACAAACUCGCGUCCAAUACCGUUGUUGUUUCGAUCAAUAAUAAAUCGCCUGUUAAGAUUAAUUAACGCACAAAUCGUAACAUUUUCCCAGAUUAAUUGGGAUGGCCGAAAGUGAAAUGGUGUUUGGUGUCGACAAAAAGUAAAAGUGUGAGAGAUAUAAUUAAUUAAUUCGCUCGUUCCUUAUGAAUCCUUUGUUUUUAACUUGUGAUGUCACUGUUGCUUAAGACGACUGAAGUGUUAUGGUCUUAUUGGUUGUCGAGAGAAAAAGAAAAAAGAAUGCGAAAUGUGAAAUUGCACCGUUUCAAGUCUUUGUGGUCGUCGUGGUUUGGUGUAAAAUAUGUACACAUUACAAAUUCAGAUGUAGUUCCAAGGAACCUGUUAGACUAAAGUACUGUGAAAUAGAAUGUUUGCCAGAUGACCCCCAAUAUACCAAAAAUGGUGAUGUGCAAUAUGGAGAACGUGAUAAUCCCCAGACCUCCACCCCUAGGACCAUUGGGCAGCAACUUAGAUCCCAUGGUUCCGUCAUUGGGCCCCCCAAACUCAAAGCCAGUAUCCAAGGUGUCCAGGAACUCAAGCAAAACCAGCUCCAGAUCUCAAGGCUUCCGGUUGAUGGAGAACCAGGACGACACCGGAAGCGUGUACAGCGUGUACAAGCAAAAAAUCGACUCGAUGUUCGAGUCGGACUCGAGCAGCACCAAGAACAGCGUCCAGGCCAAGAUAGAGAAGAUGUUCACUGAAGUGGCGAAGGACAAUGGCAUACCAAUUAACGAAAUAGGGGUUCAUAGUUUUUCGGUGGAUUAUUUGGGAAGUAUUCCGCUUCAGGAAAAGGUGACCAGUUUGUCUGGGCUGCAGAACCCGCUUCGGGAACUGUAUUUUGGGUACAAGAAAAUCACCAAACAUAAGAAACCACUCACUGGCAGACUGGAAAUAUCCAGUCAGGGGUUAAAAGUUCAAUAUCAAGGUGAAAAAGGCGACUUGGAACAGAUGAACUCAUUCCCGACGAUAGCGGUCUGGUCGGCCGUCAAGUUCGUGAUCCAGGAAAACAACAACAAAUACGCCUUCCUCCCCCUAAUCACGGAUCCCGACAACAUAGACAAACAGUCGUUGUUCACGGCCCUCGACGACGCCGAAAAGAAAUACAUCAAUUCGGACUCGCAUUCGCCUUUGUUCGCCGUCGUGAUGAGGAAGAUUGGGGUCCAUAAACAACUGGAGUGUCAUGGAUUCGUUUGCCAGACUUCGGAAGACGCCAUCGUGAUAGCUGCUACUUUGUACAAGUCUUUGGUGGCCCACAUGAAGGCCAAGGAGAAGAAACCGAGGAACAAAAAUGGGGUAACUUGUAUGUCCAUAGCUUCCAGCACUUACCAAGACAAAAACAACAUACCAGUGCGACCUCCCAGGAAGAAACGAAGCACCACCUCCUCCAUCAUCAGCGAAAGUGACAACCUCAAUACGUCAGACACCCAGCCUUUGCUCAUGGGGCACAACAAACAACCCAAAAAGAGCACCAAGACGAAGAGGGCACCCAAAGCUCCAGCCAUCCAAAAAGCUCAAGACUUAGAUGCUAUAAUGCCCUACGAGGAGCCCAUCAAACACUUGCCCGACAACGACAAAAACGAAAACGUCAACACGUACAACGAAAUAGCCGAAAUUAAGCCCAAAACAUUUUCAGACAAAAUCAGCACCUACAUGAGCAGAGAACAGAAACAAAUAACGGAAGAAAUCAAACAGGUAAUGAGCGAGAGUACAACUAAAGGCUUAAAGAAGGUGCAAACCGUACGGAAGCCCGACGAGGAGAGCGUGAGGAAAAAGGAGAAUUCCGGGGACAUUUUAACCAAAGUUACGAUACCCAGGUCUGGAAGCUUCUUAAACACCGGAGGAUUAACCCGAUACAAAUCUAAAAUAUCAAGGAACAACGAUCAAGCAACAGGUGGUUCCCCACUCGGUUUCAAGGAGAUAUUCCACGAGCUAAGCCUUCAAGAAGGGCUUCAUUCGAUGGACGACAUCCUGGGAGUAAUCAUUGAUCCCGAGGGCAUGUCCUUCAAUGAUCUCAAGCCAAUUUACAAGGAGUUCUUGCUGAAACUUUCAGUAACACUAACCAAGGACGAGCUGUAUCAAAGAUCCAAGUCCAUAAUGCGUAGACAAAAGAAGAAACUGUUAAGAAGGAACAGCAGCGUCAACACCAAAAAGUCCCAUCACAUAAUCGUCGGAAACAAGUUCAAGAGGCUGAAGCACAUCUUCCAGAAGAGCUUCCGUGCCAAACUAGCUAAAAACAAUAAAAGCUCCAACAAGGGCGACAAGGAGUUGGUGAUAUCUAACCCGGGUGACGGUAAACUUCCGGAAAGUUCGAUUUCCACUUCGUCCUACGACACCAGGCAGUUCAGACCGAAGGAGGAGACGCAGGUGACCAGAAAGCAAAGCUACAGGAAGAAACAGGGCGACAUAAGUCGCAGCCGGAGGGACAGGACCAGCACGUCAGAGGAGAGUGACUUCUUCUCCCUCAGGAGGAACAAGAGCAAAUCCCACAGUUUGAACAUUAAUAAUCAAAACAGGAACUCCAGCAGCGGUUACGUGUCUUGCUCCGAGUGUUCUUAUGACUCAGACACGUGCACCUGCAUAUCUGCUGACAAGUGCUACUGUUCCCUAGGGAACAAAAACUUUUCAAGAAAGUCCUCGAGGUGCAACACCUGCAAAACCGAGGCGGAAAAGUGCUACUGCACCUUGGACACGACCUUAUCCUUCUGCGGCUGCGACACCGACAGUUGUGCAGAGAGCAACAAGUGCUACUGCCAAAGCUUCACCAAGAACACCACCAUCCUGGAACAACUGAAACAAAGAGGCUUCAUCCCCACCAACGACAUGGUGUGCAACAGCCCCAAACACCGGAAGGUCUGCAAGAAGAACUCCAACACCAAGAGCACCAAAAGCUUGGAGUACAUGGCCAACCCCAGCGAAACCUACUACGAGAAGCUGAAGUCCAGGGGUCGAGCUUCGGAUCGACAUUUAAGCCGCCAGCAGAUGAUCAUCGAGGAGCCGAUGGGCCAGAAAACCAUCAGCGCCGACAACCUGGCUCUGGACUACGAGCUGUUCACCAUCACCAACGGCAACAUCCGUAACCUGCACAACAGAUCGGUGUACGCCAGAUCGUUGAGCGAGUGCGGCCAGCUGGACCUGAGGAAUCACGAGAGCAUCAGGAGCUACAGCUCCAACAGAUACGGAAGCAGAGGAAGGACCGUCCAGUCCACGGCCAUAACAACGGGCCAAUGUACGGAGGCGCUGUCGGUUAAAAAGUCGGCGGAGAUCGCCGCCCUCUUCGCCGACAUCAAGCUGAGCCAGACCACCGACAUCACCCACUUGUCCCCCAGGAACUACGACCUGGAAAGUCUCAUCAAUAACCGGAACAACGCGUACAACAAAAUGACCUCCCACCCCAAGUACAGUAAGCCAAACAAAGUUGGCCUCAACAGGGGGGACUUGAAGGCCUACAACCAGCUGAGCCAGAAGAUGGUGCAGAACUCCUUGUACCAGUCGACGAGGAGCAGCAACAAGAACAACAUGUACAGCACCAAGAACGGCCUGUACACCAUCCAGAGCCAGAGCGAGUCGGGACGUUCCAGCAUCAGCGAGAGGAGGAAAAAGGAGAAGCCCAAGUACUUCGAGCUGGAGCCACCCUACAUGGCCAAAGGCAAAACGGACAGCAACAACUUAGAGAAUUCUUUAGGAUACUUGCCCUAGAUGGCUUUAAUUUAGAACUAGUGAGGUGUGCAAAGGUUUACUGUUAUUAAUUACUAUUACUAUUAUUAUGUAUAAAGGAUUUCUGCACUUGUACAAAACACCAAAAUGUAUAUGUUAUGGAAGGAGGUCUUACUCCAUUUUGUGUCGACAAAAUGUGAUGUAAUAUCUCUCUUUUAGCGUAAUUCGGAACAACUCUAAAAAUUGUCACUUACACAUGGCUCAUUCAUUUUUAAUUAUGUAUUUUAUUGAUUAAACUGCCAUAAUUAAUUAAUGAAGCAGUAAAACAAUUCUGCAGCACGAUGUGAAAGAACGGAGGCAAAUUGGACACUUGAGAUACGUGGAUAAUGUGGUGAAUAAUGCCUGAAAUUUUAUUUAACGACUCCGGGACAUGUUUUCACUGCUCACAAAGUAUUUUAGGACAAGUGUUCUUGCUUGCGUUUUUUGCCACUUGAAUUAAUUUUUUUGGACAUAUUUUUGGGGUUAAUUUUUUUUGUUUUUUGGUAGAGGCAAUGUGAUGGGGUUUAUGCAAUAAUUUUACAACUUUUUGCUGUAAAAUCAAUAUUUAUUCUAGUGAUAUGUCUAAACUUAAGUGCAAUAUAUAUUAUGUGCAAUAUUUUUAAUUAUUUUUGUUUGUUGAAAAUCUUUUUAUUGAAAGAUUUUGUUAGUAUUAUUUCUUUUUGGUUUUUCUCUAUUGUCUGACCUAAUGUUAAGUUUAUUAUAUAUUUUUAUUUUACUGUUAUCGUCAAUAAAGUUUUAAUGAUAAAUUGUGUAUU